AUGUCUCUGCACAUCUUAACCCCCAUUACUCUCUUUCUUCUCUUCCCUUUGAUGGCCACUUCUUCCAUACAGGAUUUGCUACGGAGCCGAGGGUUGCCUGCCGGUAUUUUCCCGGACAAUGUUAAAUCUUAUAAGCUUAACCUUGAUGGUCGAUUGGAAGUCGAGUUGGAAAAGUCAUGCAUGGCUGAAUUUGAUGGGAGGGUGCAUUUUGAUCGUGUGGUGAGAGCUAACCUUAGUUAUGGUGGGUUAGUGGGGCUUGAAGGAUUAUCCCAAGAAGAGCUAUUUUUAUGGUUGCCUGUAAAAUGUAUUAUUGCUAAUGAUCCUUCACCUGGUGUUAUGUUGUUUGAUAUCGGUGUUGCUCAUAAACAACUCUCUAUUUCUCUCUUUGAAGUCCCUCCUCCUUGCAUGACUCAAGAAGAUAUGGAAGGGAAGGGUGAUUGGAAGAAGGGAUUUGAAUUUCAGAAGUGA